AUGAGUAAAAAAGAUGAAAUGCCCAUGAGUAACAUGUCAGUAGUCGAAAUUUUUGAUGUAUGGGGAAUAGAUUUCAUAGGUCCCUUCCCAUCCGCUGAAAAAUAUGAAUAUAUUUUGCUUGCUGUUGAUUAUGUGUCGAAGUGGGUGGAAGCUAUUCCUACUAGAACUAAUGAUCAUAAAAUCGUGAUGAAAUUUGUGUAGGAAAAUAUUUUUUCGAGAUUUGGAUGUCCUAGAGUGAUUAUUAGUGAUGGAGGAACACAUUUUACAAAUAAACAUUUCAGGGAACUGUUGAAAAAGAAUGGAGUACACCACAAAGUAGUCACUCCAUAUCAUCCCCAAACAAAUGGGCAAGUUGAAGUAGCAAAUAGGGAAAUUCAGAGAAUUUUGAGAAAAAUAGUUAGACCAGAUAGGAAAGAUUGGCCCACAAAAUUACAAGAUACAUUAUGGGCUUAUAGAACAGCUUAUAAAAAUCCCAUAGGUAUGUACCCAUUUCGUCUCAUUUUUGGAAAGCCAUGUCAUCUUCUUGUGGAAAUAGAGCAUAAAGCAUUAUGGGCUAUAAAAAAUUUAUGUAUGGAUGAGAAAUUAGCUGGUGGGCAUAGAAUUUUUCAGCUACAUGAAUUAGAGGAGUUGAGGAAUGAAGCUUAUGAAAAUCAUAGAAUAUAUAAAGAAAAAACUAAAACUUUUCAUGAUAAAUAUAUUAGCAGAAAAAAAUUUGAUAUUGGACAAAAAGUGUGGUUAUAUGAUUCUAGGCCGAAAUUAUUCCCAGGAAAAUUAAAAUCAAAAUGGAAAGGGCCUUAUGUGGUGGAAGAGACAUAUGAUCAUGGGGAUGUAAUGAUUAAAGAUCCUAAAAGUGAUCAUAACAUUAAGGUAAAUGGACAGCGGCUUACACAUUACAUAUAACAUGAACGCCUUGCAGAAAAAGAAAUUUUAUUAUUAAAAGAAAUUCAAGAGUAAGACCAAGGAGUCCAACUGGAGACAUUAAAUUCAGCGCUGCAUGGGAGGCAACCCAUGGUUUUUAUUUCAUUAUGUUUGAUUUUUUUUAAGCUCUAUUUUUCUUAGAAUUUUGCAGUACUUGUUUUUGUAUUUAUUUUUUUUGAAAAAGUGUAGGAGGAGGAGUGUAAGAUGAAGUGGCAAAUUAAAAAUGAGGUUGAGGUGAUGUCUUUUUGAGCUUCAUCAUUAAUGAAACUAUUUUUAAUGCUUAACUUUGUUGAUAUGCAUGCUUCACUUGAAAAUUAUAUUUUCUACAUAUUCUGUUUCGAGUUUUCUGUGUCAUUGAGGACAAUGUCAUUUUUAAGUUGGGGGGUGAAGUAUUCAUUAUUAAUUUAUGCUGUAGGACGAUUAAAAACAUGUGUUUGCAUUUUAUUCAACUUAGAACAGCAACUAAAAAAAUAAAAUUAAAAUAAAAUUCGGAAAAAUUGCAAUACUAUUUUUUGGUUUUCUGUCAGAAACAACAGGCUGUCAAAAAUAGCAGACAAAAAAUAGCCUGAAAUUUAAAAUUCUAGAAGACCCUUUUCUCACAUUUCAAUCCCCUAGAUAUAUAUUAUUGAAAUUCAAAAUUACAGCUAUAAAGAAGAUAGUUUUGAUUUAUUUUUGAUAAAUUUAUUGCUGCUAAAAAUAGAACUGAAAACAGAAAACGGAAUUGUCAAAACUAUCUAAUUUACAAAUUCCUUACAUCAUAUUACAUGCAUAAAAAAUUAAAUCAAUUAGAUUGAUUGAUACCAAAAGAUACUAGGAAGAUUAUUAUUGAGUCAAAAGAAUGAUCUAGUAGCAUAAAAUGUUGGAAUACUCUUUAGAUACAUGAUAGAUAACAUGGAUUUGAUUUUACAGAUUUUCACUUCAUGAUCUUGAUGGAUAGUAUUUACUUGAUGUGAAAAUUUGAUUGAUCAUUUGAGUUUAAUGGAGAUUUUUGCACCCUGAUUUAGGACUUGUGAGGAGAAAUCACUUAUUUCGAAAAAAAAAGAAAAAAAAAAGAAAGAGCAAUGUAAAAAAUCUAGAAACGAGGAGUACACAUGGAGGGUGUGAGACAUCAUUCUCAUUGUCGAAAACCGUGCAUAGAAAAACACUUGCUGAAAAAUAAGUGGAUAAAGUGAAAGCCUUGAAAAUGAAGAGUACACAUAGAGGGUAUGAGACAUCAUUUUUAUUGUCGAAAUUUGUCUAUAGGAAAAGCUACUUAUCCACUAUUUAUAAAAAUAAAAAAAAGAAAAAAAAAGGAAGAAAUAUAGUGCAAACUUCAAAAAUCAAGUCAUAGAAAAAGGGAAAUGUAAGAUCAAUAUUAUUCUUGGAUGAGUAUUGAUAAUUGGAACAUCUUGUAAAUACAUCUAUGAGUGAAGAAGUGAUAAAGAUGUGGAUAGAAGAAAUGAAGUCUAGAUUGUUAUUCCAAGGAGUGUUUAAACAUUUAAGUGCUUCGAAUCAUUCUUAAAUAUUUGAUAUAAGAAUUCAAAGUGUUUAAUGGUGCAUCACUUCUAUUUAUUAUUUUUUUCUGUAUUGAAAUAUGAUGUUUGAGAUUUGUAAAAUUUUAUUCUCGUAAUUCCAUUGCUAAGGGACUAGCAAUGAUUUAAGUUGGGGGGUGUGAUAAGUCUUCAUUAUCAUGAGUUAAUAAUUAGUAAAUAAUAUAGUUUUAGCCUUAACACAUGAUAAUUAGACUUAUAUUUGUGUUAAAGAAUGAUUUUUGGUUUUCAAUUGAUUAAUGUGAAUUUUUGGGUAAUUAUGUGAUUUUAUACGAUUUUUACAGUCUUACUUUUGAGAUAAAUGAAGAACAAGACAUAAAAAUAAAAAUAUUACAAAAAUGUGGGGGACCUGUUGACCAGUCGGGCCCACAAGCGGGUCGGAAGCGCAAUCGGGGAGCAAGCCGCGAGCAGGGGCUCGAGCGGCUUGGCUUGGGGACCGACAGGGCACGCGUACGCCACUCCUCUCCCACGUCACCGGUGCCCAGCCGGCUGUGGGGCAAGGAGUGGUCAUACACGCGAGAGAAGGGACUUUGCUCACAAAGCUAACAUUACUAUAUAUUCGCCCGAAAAAUCGGCAACCGAUGUGGGACUAAACCCCCGUCACACCUUCAUCAAAAGAGGCGGGCGACCGGCGCGGGUUCGAAUCCUUCUAGAGUCAAAAUUCAUAUAUUUUUAUUUGAUUAUCGCGACUUUCCUACAGAUUGUCGGGGAAGGAUUAAGCAACGAAAAUCACUGGAUCAUCGGCGAAAAUCUUGUCAAUGCGAUUUGUAGAGCAUUGCUACUAAAAUUGCUGAACGAUUUGCGAUAAAAGGAUCGCGAAUCUAUCGAGUAAAUCAUCUCCGAUUGAUCGACGAACAAGCCGUCGUCGGGAAGAGGACGAUCCGCCAGGAGACCAGUCGCCACCUCCUGAGAGCAUACCAGAUGCAAUGAAGAGCCUCCUCUUGCUGCGUGGACCUGAGGAUGAAGCUCUCUAACACGCGCCCCACCUCCAUCCAGCUCCUCUUCGUCAGGUGACAGCCGCCGGAGAGCCGCAAAGUCGCCAUUUUUCCGCUCUGCCGGGUGACAGCCGCCGGAGACGAUUUGACGACCCACUUCAUUGAUCUCUAGACUUCGCGAGAAGAUCUAGAGAUUGCCCACGUCAUCUUUGUCCAAGGAGAGCCUUUGAGGUCGUGGACACUGCACGACGAUCCUCCCAAACGCUCAAGAUUCCGGUGCAUCGCCGAUGCAUCACCGUCGCGACGCCGGAACUCUGUUUUCCUACUUUCACUUUAAUUUACGCUUCAUUUAGUGAUACUUUGUUGAUUUUAAUUUACCAAACUAUACUUCGUUCAAUUACGAUUCUUCCGACUUUUACAGAUCUUAAUUUGAUUAAUUGAGUCGUCUAUAAUUGCCUACGUAAGAAUCACCGGGCAGAACUCUGUUUCCGCCUAAUUCGCGUUCGCCAAGCACUGAUGUCAUCUUGACAUCCGCACCCUUAUUUCCUUUUUUUUGUGAAUUUUAAAUAUAUUUUCUUUUUAUUUCCUAGUAUAAAAUUCGUAAGAAAAUUGUAUUCAUUGAGAAAAAUUCUGAAUAAUUACCAGAUAUUAUAUUACAUCCCUAUGAUCGACCUGGAAAAUUACUACUAUUUUUGGAAUUUUGAUUGAAUUAUAAUUGAUAUAUUUAUUUAGAAAUACUUCUAAAUAUCCAAAAUUUCGUAUUUUCUAGUUUUAUAAAUUUUAUAUUUGCAUGAUUUAAUAUACAACGACUGAGUCACGUCACCUCUCUUGAUCACUUAAGAUUACACAAAAAGGGAAGAAAAAUAAAUCUUUAGAAUAUAAGCUCUUUCACUCCAACCAACCAUUGUUAGGCUCCUUUCAAAAAGAUGAAGGAAAGAGAGUGAAGGAAAUACAUAUAAGUAGUAAAGUUUUCCAAAAUACCUUUGGUCUUUUCUCAAAAUACCUUUAGUUUCUCUCCUUCAUUUUCACAACCUUCUUGAAACCUUUUUGUCAAUCCGAGCAUCGAGAUAUGAAGAACACAUCUUGAAGAUCAUGUCCAAAAAUAUUGGGCUUGA